CGGGCGGGGGCUGCCUGGAGGGGGCGGGGCCAGGAUUAUGUCAGGCUCGCGCUAGCCGCAGCCCCGCGCUGGGAGCGGCCGGAGCAGCCCGGCCCCGGUCAUGGCUCAGCCCCGGGGGCUCUUCCUCGUCCUCCUCCUCCUCCUGUUGGGAGGGGGGCCCGGAACUGCCGUCGUGAUCCCCCCGGAGUUCCCGCAGCCCCCGGAGCUGAUCGAGGAGCCCCCUCCUCAGCUCGUGGUGUUCCCCAGCGAUGACGUCAUCAUGAAGUGUGCCGCCACCGGGAACCCCCCGGUCCAGUACCAGUGGACACGCGAGGAGCUGCCGUUCGAGCCCCAGGAGCACCCCGGGGUGUGGCUGGGCCCCGAGCCGGGCACGCUGCAGAUGAACGCCAGCGCCGCCGGGCGGCUGCAGGGAGUAUUCCGCUGCCGGGCGAGCAACGAGCUGGGCACGGCGCUGUCCCGGGAGAGCCGCCUGAUCGCCGAGAACACACCACAGUGGCCCAAGGAGAAGGUGACGCCAGUGGAGGUCGAGGAGGGGGACCCUGUGGUGCUGCCCUGCGACCCCCCCAAGAGUGCUGUGCCCCCCAAGAUCUAUUGGCUCAACAGCCGGAUCGUGCACAUCGCGCAGGACGCGCGGGUGUCCAUGGGCCAGGACGGGUUCCUGUACUUCGCCAACGCGCAGGUGGGCGACAGCCACCCGGACUACAUCUGCCACGCGCACUACCUGGGGCCCAGGACCAUCAUCCAGAAGGAGCCCCUGGACCUCCGCGUCACCCCCAGUAAUUCGCUGCAGUUCCGCCGGCCCCGGCUGCUGGUGCCCAGGGAGCCGCAGCCCCCCGUGGUGGCGCUGCGGGGGGAGACGCUGGUCCUGGAGUGCAUCGCGGAGGGGCUCCCCACGCCCGCCGUGCGCUGGCGCCGCCUGAACGGGGAGCUGCCGCCCCGCGCCGUGCUGGAGAACUUCAACAAGACGCUGAGGCUGCGAGAGGUGCGGGAGGAGGACGACGGAGAGUACCGCUGCGAGGCCUCCAACAGCCGCGGCACGGCGGCCCACAGCCACCGAGUCACCGUGCAGGCGGCGCCGUACUGGGUGCGGCAACCCCAGAGUGGGGUCUUCGGGCCGGGGGAGUCGGCGCGGCUGGACUGCAGGGUGGGAGGCAAGCCCAGACCCCUCCUCAGCUGGAGCAUCAACGGCGUCCCCCUGAACGAGGCUCCCGGCGCUGCCCGCUGGGUGCUGCGGGACGGAGCUCUGCUGCUGCCCCAGCUGCUGCCCAACGAAUCCCUGGUGGCACAGUGCCAGGCCCGGAACCCCCACGGCCACCUCCUGGCCAACGCCUUCGUGCACGUCGUAGAGCUGCCGGUGCGGAUCCUGGGGCCGGCGCAGGCUCCGUACGCGGUGGUGGAGAACGGAACCGCCCUGCUGCACUGCCGAACCUUCGGGACCCCCACUCCCAGCAUCCAGUGGCUGACGCCGGCGCUGGAGCCGGCGCUGCUGGACGACAGAGUCUUUGUCUUCACCAACGGAACGCUGCGGCUGGCGCCGGUGGGGCGGGGGGACGCGGGGCCCUACACCUGCAGGGCGGACAACGGCCACAGCAACGCCUCCGCCACCGCCCUGCUGCACGUCAGAGCCCCCACCCGGCUGCUGGAGACCCCCCGCAGCGUGACGGCCAAGAAGGGGCAGGCGGUGACCUUCCGCUGCGUGGCGCAGUUCGACCCCCAGCUGACCACCAACGGCCUGGAGUGGCGCCGCGACGGGGAGCUGCUGCGGGACACCCCCGACAGCGACAAGUACUCGCUGCUGGGGGACACCCUGCGCGUCUCCGGGGUGGACUAUGGGGACCAGGGGACCUUCUCCUGCCGCGCAUGGACCCUGCUGGACCACGUGGAGGCGGCGGCGGAGCUGCGGGUCGUGGGCCGGCCGGGUCCCCCCCGGGACCUGCAGGUGCUGGAGGUGGGCGAGAGGCAGGUCCGGCUGAGCUGGACCCCCGGGGAGGAGCACAACAGCCCCGUGGAGAAAUUCGUGGUGGAGGAGGAGGAGGGGAUCUUCAGCCCGGGGGUCUUCGAGGAGCGGCUGACGGUGCCGGGGGGACAGCCCUGGGCCGCCCUGUCCCUGUCCCCCUACGGCCGGUACCGGUUCCGGGUGCGGGCUGCCAACGCCUACGGCCGGGGCGAGCCCAGCGCCGCCAGCGCCGCCAUCAGCACCCCGCCGGCGGCCCCUGAGCAGAACCCCGGGGGGGUCAAAGGCGAAGGGAACGAAACCAACAACUUGGUGAUCAGCUGGGAGCCGCUGCCCCCCCGGGCCUGGAACGCCCCCCAGGUGCAGUACAGAGUGCAGUGGAGGCAGCUGGAGCCCGCGGGGGGGCCCUGGGAGGAGCAGACUGUGGGGGGCCCCCCCCUGGUGCUGGGGGACACCCCCACCUUCAGCCCCUACCAGAUCCGGGUGCAGGCCAUCAACGAGGUGGGGAAGGGGCCGGAGCCCCCCCUGGUCACCGGAUACUCAGGGGAGGAUUUGCCCCUGGUGUACCCUGAAAACGUGGGGGUGGAGAUCGUGAACAGCAGCAGCGUGAGGGUGGAGUGGAGCCUGCAGAGGGACCCCAAAAUGCUGCGGGGGCACCUGAGAGGAUUUCGGGUGCUGUACUGGCGGGAUGGGUGGGUGGGCGAGCGAGCCCGGCGCCACGCCCCCGCUCCUGAGCCCCCUCCCCAGAACGGGGAGGGCCCCCCCGGGGUGCUGACGGUGAGCGGGGAGGCCUCGGGGGUGCUGCUGGGGGGGCUGCGGCCCUGGAGCCGCUACCGGCUGCGAGUGCUGGUGUUCAACGGGAGGGGCGACGGCCCCCCCAGCGACGAGUUCCGCUUCGAGACCCCCGAGGGAGUGCCAGGCCCCCCCGAGCAGCUGCUGCUGGAGCGGGUGGGGGACUCGCGCCUGGCGCUGCGCUGGCGCCGCCCGCGGCACCCCAACGGCCUCCUGACAGGCUUCCUGCUGCAGUACCGCAGGGAGCCCCCAGGUCCCUACGACGACGCCGACGAUGACGCCGGCGAUGACGUCACGGAAGAAGCCUCCCCCCCCGAAAUGUCCUUCCCCCCCGGGACCCUGAACACCACCCUGCGGGGGCUGCACCGCCGGGCCCGGUACCGCAUCCUGCUGCGGGCCCUGACCGCCGCCGGCGCCGGCCCCCCCCUGCAGCGCCUCGGCAGCCUCAGCCCCGAGCCCGCUCUGCCCCUGCUGGGGGUCGUGGAGGUUGGGGAGGUGGGCGAGGACUUCAUGGAGCUGCGCUGGAGCCUGGCCCGGCCCCAGCCCGACCUGGAGUUCGAGGUCCAGAUCCAGAGCAAAAGCAGGGAGGGUCCCUGGUUCCUCUCGGGCCGCACCAACUCCUCGGCUCGGCGCUUCCGGCUGGAGGAGCUGCACCCCGGCACCUCCUACCGCGUGCAGUUCGUGGGGCGCAGCCACAGCGGGGAGAGCGUCCCCUUCUGGCAGAGCGAGGUGCAGACCAACGGCACCCUGCUGCUGGUGCCCGCGGGCUCCUUCGCCACCCAGGGCUGGUUCAUCGGCUUGGUGAGCGCUGCGGUGCUGCUGCUGCUGCUGCUGCUCAUCCUCUGCUUCAUCAAGCGCAGCAAGGGGGGCAAGUAUUCGGUGAAGGACAAGGAGGACACCCAGGGUGACUCAGAGGCUCGGCCCAUGAAGGAUGAAACCUUCGGGGAGUACAGGUCCUUGGAGAGCGACGGGGAGGAGAAGGCGUCGGGCAGCUCGGUGGCGCCCCCCGGGGGCGGCCUGGGCAGUGACGACAGCCUGGCCGGGUACGGCGGCAGCGCCGACGUGCAGUUCAACGAGGACGGAUCCUUCAUCGGGCAGUACAGCGGCGCCCGCGGCACCGCCGGCAGCUCCCCCCCCAACAGCCCCGGCGCCGCCCCCGCGCUCGACUGACCCCCGCCAGCGGGGCACGGGCGCGGGGGAGCCCCCCCCGGCCCUCGGGGACCACCCCCGGGGCUUGGGGAGCCCCUACAGGACUUGAGGACUC